AUGUUCUCUGGGUCCAUCUCGGAAGCAAGCAUGUCUCUGCAGUGCACCAAGUCAGCGGGACACUGGAAGAUUGUGGUGUGGGACGAGGAAAGCUUCCAAGGCCGAAGGCAUGAGUUCACAGCUGAAUGCCCCAGCGUGCUGGAGCUUGGUUUUGAGACUGUGCGAUCUUUGAAAGUGCUGAGUGGAGCGUGGGUGGGGUUUGAGCACGCUGGCUUCCAAGGGCAGCAGUAUGUGCUGGAGCGGGGUGAGUACCCAUCCUGGGACGCCUGGAGCGGCAACACAUCCUACCCCUCUGAGAGGCUCACCUCCUUCCGGCCUGUGGCCUGCGCUAACCACCGCGACUCGAGGCUGACCAUCUUUGAGCAAGAGAACUUCCUGGGCAGAAAAGGAGAGCUGAGCGAUGACUACCCCUCCCUCCAGGCCAUGGGCUGGGAUGGCAAUGAAGUGGGCUCCUUCCACGUCCACUCGGGGGCCUGGGUUUGCUCCCAGUUUCCUGGCUACCGAGGUUUUCAGUAUGUGCUGGAGUGUGACCACCACUCAGGCGACUACAAGCAUUUCCGGGAGUGGGGCUCUCAUGCCCAGACCUUCCAGGUGCAAAGCAUCCGAAGGAUCCAGCAGUGA